CCUAUAGCUGCUGUUCAACAUAGAUCAAAGCAGCGAUUGACGCCAUGACCUGUGAUUUUCCAAUAGAAAUCUCUGAAAAAUAUGCAGUGAGGAUGUUUCUGGAAGAGCCAGAAGCUCACCUCCUCGGGGCUGGUGCAUAUGGAGAGGUAUUUUUGGUGAGACGAGUCGGACGAGCUGAAGAGUCGACCCUGGCGUUGAAGCGCUGCUUUGACUGCUUGGUUCUUGAUGACCCUGCCACACUGAAACGGACAUACAGAGAGAUUGCAGUGCUCCGGCAAGCGCGACACACCAACAUUGUGGCUUUGAAGGACGUUGUCCUGCCAAAGACAGGAUGUGAUUUGUAUUUGGUCUUCGAGCUAGCUUCACAGGAUCUUGAGCGAGCAAUACGAUACAACCUGUUUGAUGAAAUCUCGCGGAGAAGAGUCUCGUAUGAUGUGGCAUCAGGGUUAAAUUUUUUGCAUCUAUGUGGUUUGAUGCAUCGCGAUGUGAAACCAAGCAAUAUCCUUUUGGACGAUUCCGGCCGGGCCAAACUCUGUGAUUUUGGGUUCGUACGAUAUGUUUCUUGCGCUUCCUCCGCCAAAGCUUUCACCGAAUAUGUGGGCAUGCGGUGGUACCGGGCUCCAGAGCUCUUACUGGGAUCAACGUCGUACAAUCAGAACAUCGAUGUCUGGUCCUUCGGAUGUGUAGUUGCCGAGAUGGCUCUUGGAAGACCACUCAUAUCUGGGAUGGAUGCAGAGGAACAAUUGGGGCUCAUCGUUGGACUAUGUCUUGGGCGGCGUCCCACGCGAUCGGAGGCAGACAUCCUAUGCAUCCAGCCAGACCAUGCUUUGUGCUUUGUGAGAACUUCGCCUCUGGGUCCUUCAUUGGAAAAGAAACUCUCUUCGGUUGCCAGUUCUCAAGAGUUGGAGCUACUUCGCAGCUGUUUGAAGCUGUCUCCGGCGGAGCGAUCAUCUGUUCCGGUGCGCCAUGGGUUGAGAUCUCCUUGUGGAAAGGCAGCAGAAAUCUUGCAGAAUCCUCUCUACACAGAUCUGCAGGAGGCAGAAACUGCACCUGCGGGAGAACCUGUGAGAUUGAUCAUCGACGAACAGGACACACCUCCCGAGUUGAUUUUGAAGGCGAUUGAAGAUGAGGUACAGCUCUUGAACCAAGGCACUGGGCAUUGCCAGGCAUUGCGACAUUCUGACAUUCUCCUUUGUUUCGUGGUGCUGCCAGGCAAGACUUGUCCUGCGCAGGAAAGGAGUGGCGCAUAGUGGCGCAGCAGAGGACAAAAUCAGGAAACAGCAUGAAACA